AUUUUUGUUUCGAUUUUAAGACGAGUUAAGAACAAUAAACAUCUAUGGAAAAAAAAUGUUUAUGUAAUGUCACCGGCGAUCAAAUAUACUGGAUAAAUUGUAAUUAAUAUUAAGAUUUAAAAAAAUAUAAGUUUCGGGAUAGGCUAUAUCACAUUAUAUGAUAUUGGUUUGUGCCCACCGCAAAUACCACUGAACAUUCAUGCUUAAAAUCUGCAUUUUAUAUAGGUAAGGUGUAGAAUGUAAUACAAGCAACUUAUUGCAUGUGUCGCACAAUUCAGACGAUUGUCUGGAAUUUAUAAAAAUCCAUCCACACGUAUUUUGCUCUAAGCAACGCCCUUAACGUGGGGGUAGACUAGGAAGCAGUCUCGAGGCCGUUUUAAUGGUAUAAAUAGAAAACAUUUAUCUAGGUAGAACAUACAAUCCAAAACACUUUGUGAUAAAACACCUAUCAUUAUAAAAUGAAUACUUUCGUGACUUUUGUUUGCGUGGCAUUCGUCGCUUCGGCGUCGGCCUCAGUUCUUUUAAAUCCAAACUACGGUGGGUCAGUUGGACCUAGUGGAAUCGUAACUGGUAUUGGGGCAAAAGGGCCUUCGGGAUCUGUAACAGGACUUGCUGCUGUCGGACCAUCCGGUGUCGUGACUGGUGCUGGAGCCGUUGGACCCACUGGACCUAACGGACACGGAAUCGUUGGUUUGGGACCUUUGGGAAUUGGAGCUGGAGUUGUCGGACCUGUCGGAGCCGGAAUUGUCGGACCUGGUCUUCUCGGACCAGGCAUUGUUAGUGCAGGUCUUGUCGGACCAGGCCUUGUUGGUCCAGGUCUUGUUGGACAUGUUGGUCCAUUAGGUUUAGGAUUGGGUUCAGUUGGAAUUGUUGGACCUGUAGCACCUGGGGUUGUUGUCAAAGGACCCUCUGCUGCUACUACCAUCAUCGGACCAUCUUCCAGUGUUGUCGUUAAAGGACCUGUUGCUGGAGGUCUGUUGGGAUUGAGUUCACUUGGUAAAAUUGAUGGUUUAUGGUAAAUAAUAAAAUCAGCAAACCUGCAUAAGCUAUGUUUAACGAAAAAAUCUAUACAUUUGAAAGCAAAACAGUCAAUUUACUUUUAAUUCUUCAUGUCAAUAAUGUAUAUGUAUUUUUUUAAAUUUAAUUUGUUUAUGCUAUUAUAUAAGUUAGUACUUGCUCAAUAUAUUAAGACGAUAUAGGCCCUGAUCAUGUAAAAA